AUGGAAUGUCUAAAAACUGGUUGGAAUCUCCUUUUCGUACUUUCACUCUUGUUCAUUAAAUCCUCCGUUGAACAAGGAUUUACUCCGUUUGGAUUCCGUGGUUUUGGUAGACCUCCACCUUUGUUUCCAGGAUUCGGACCACCUCCUCCAGGUGUGCGUACUCUUUUACCUGCCCCUCUCGGGUUUCCCGGCAUUCCAGGACCGCCACCCCUCCCUAUCAUUUCUCCCCCUGUAACAACUUUAGCUGACGGGGGAACUGGAAGCAUUACCCUGAGUGGUGAAACGGUGCCUACCACUUUUGAUUUAAGCGGAUUCUCAAAUACCGUUCAAACAUUACCCGCAACGACUGAUACGGCAAGCAUCGUGGGUCAAUCAGGUUUCGAUGGAGGAUUAAUUACUUUGGGUGAGUCCGCCAACACUUUAGAGGGUCAAAAUUUAAUUACGACAUUGACUGGUCAGGAUACAUUACUAGGAGGCACCGCAACCUCGAUAGCAAAUGGCCUAGCAACAGGUUUAAUAACCUCCGAUGCAGGAGUACCGGAAGGAGUAAAUCCAGCAUCUGCUGCCGAGUCUUCAUUCGUUUCACGCUUUAGUAAUAGCAACUCCAAUGAUGGCGCAUCAUCACAAAUGACUGUAAAUGGACAACUUAAUUCGUUUGAUUCUGUAACAAGUGCAAAUCCACAAACUUUUGAUGCCAGUGCAAUUCUAAAUACAGUCUUUGGAAAUUCGAACGCCGACCCGAGCUCCAGUAGGAUCACUGGUACGGCUACAGACAAUUCACCAAAUCGAAUAGUGCUUUCCAGUGGUGUUUCCAAUGAUGCAUCUCCAAGUAACCUUAUACAACGUCAGGCAGUGUCUGUCGAAAACACUGGAGAAAGGAUUCCUUCUCUGAGUGAACUUCAGCAAAUGUUUACACCAACCCAGUUCUCUAAUACGGCACAAGACAAUGCUAUUGGCAAUGGAGGGUCACCAACUGUUAACAUUCAGACUCCUUCUGUUGGUUCUAGGACUGGGGUGUCUGUAAGCAAUAGCAGACAAAUAUUUACUGAUCCUUCUGGGAGAAACGAUGAAACGAGGAUAGUAAGAGUUAAUACAGCAACAACUAUUAAUCGAAUUGAUGACACCAGAAAAACUUCACAGGUCACAUCACCCUCAGAUGAACUAAAUAUGGACUUUAGAAACUUCAUAAGAGCUAAUGAAGGCCAGAUCGAUCCAAAUGAUAUUCUAUAUAGAUUUCCCGGACCAAGUGACAUAAGUACAGUAUCUCGGACAUCAAAUGAAAGAAUGACAAUCCCUUCUAAUUCAAUAUUCAGUCGAAGUACCAACGACCCAAACACAAGUUCUCGUACAACCAUUACAGAAAUUCAAUCUAGUACAAACAGGGGUAUCGAUCCUUUAAGUCAACGAUUCAUACCGUCAGUGGUAACAGAUCCAAACAGAAAUCAGGCUGCCACUGCAAUUUCACAAAAUGGAAACAGCAUAGACAACAGGCAAAUAAGUCGUCCAUCAACCUCGGUUUCAGAGGUUAAAAACAAGUCCAAUAUAGUAAUAAAUGGAAAUAGCAAUAUAGUAGGAUCUAAGGUAGAUAUGAAUAAAUUCAUCCGAACUUCCGUAGACGUGCAGCCCCAGUCUGUUAAUCUCCAACGUUCAGAUUUUGAAAAUACUCUAUCUACAGUAAGAUCAACAGCAACUCCAAUUAAUUCGAUAAGCGAAAGAUUUGAUGUUAGAACAGACCCUGUAACAAACAUUUCCAGAAGACAACCAAACAACAGAAUUCAGAACCCUGUAGACAAUUCUCAAAGAGGAAGCAAAAUUAUGUUUGUUGACGGUAACAAUAAUGAGGAUGAAACAACUUUCCAAGAAGCCUCUGCAACAAUGGGCACCAAUAACCAACCAGGAGCUAAUUUCAAUUCAAACUUCGCAACAGCAAGUAAUCAACCUGGAGUAAAUGUCAAUUUCAAUUUUCCAAACAACCAGCCAGAGGUUGGUAUUGAUAACAAUUCACCAACGGUCUCUUUUGAUUCUACUAGAAGCGAUAAUUCUGUGAUGAGCUCGCAGCAAACCCCUGGAAUUCAAAGAUUCCAGGGCGUCAACAGAGAGCUAAAUGGAAAUGUAAACGUUCUGGAACAAGGCACAACCGAUACAAGGGACCCAAACAGAAUUCGUGAAAGAACAACGGCACAAGUCACAGGAUUUUCGCGGCAACCUACUAUUUCACAAGGAUUCCAAACCACCAACGAAGCAGCAACAGGUAGAAAUGCUGAUGUUUCGGAUCCAAUAAAAACAGGUAUGACAGAUCCGAAUAUAAUCCGUGACGGCAUGUCAUCAGAGACCCAGGCAAAUAUGGAAAGAUCUAGAACAGAAAACAGCGCACUCACAUCUGGCAGUUCAAGCACUAGAAGAUUCAUAAAAAAGACCACAACCGUCAGGAGAGUUAUCUCCAAUUCUAAUGAAGCCGACACAAAUAAUUUGUCACAAAUUAACAAUACCCGAGUACCAGAUACUUCUAACUCUGGUGUUUUUGCCAAUCUAAACAACGGAAUAAAUGGAAUGAGCACCAAUUUAAAUGCAAAUGUAAAUCCUCUGCUUGGGGGCGAAGCUGCAAUAAAUAGAAAUAGAUUUGUUUCCUUUUCAAACUCUGCAGAUUCCACAAGAGGACCACAAACCAUGGAUGUUCAAAACCCCAGAAUGUUUUCAAGUGUUCUUUCCAGAAAUUUGGGAACAUCCAACCCAUUUGUAAGACCUACAGGUACCUCUAAUGUUAACAACCAGUUCAUAAGGACAGGAUUUGAUCCUGCAUCUAACACACAAACUGGGGGAGCUGUGUUUAGAGGUAUCCAAAGUCAAAACAUGCCCUCUGCAGGCAGUUUGUCCUUUAAUAGUAAUACUGUUGUGGAUCCUAAUUCAACAGAAAGGCGAUUUUCCUCAAAUGUUUUUACUGGGAAUACUGGUAAUUCAAACAUAUUUGAAAGAGGUGUGAGCUCUACUGAUAACUUUAAUAACCGGAUUACAAUGACAAGAUCUGUUCCUGUUCCUAUGUCACAAUCUGAAAAUGCUUCCAGACCUUUACAAAACCAAAACAUACCAUCUGGUAGCAUUUUCAACCCCAACUCUAACGCUAUAGUUAAUCCAGGAUCAAUAGAAAGACGAUUUUCCUCAAGUUUUCCUCCUGAAAAUAAUGGAGCCUUUAACAGCCAGCCGUCGAUAACUGGAUUUGAUCCUGCCUCUUUUCCUCAAACUAGAGGAGGAGUGGUCAGAACUGCGCCAGCUCAAAACAAUCUUUCUAGUAGUAGUUUUCCUUCCAAUACUGACGCUGCCUCGGAUUCUAGUUCAAUACAAACACGAUUUAUGCCAUCAAACUCUGGAAGUUCAAUUCAGAGUGUGCAGGGGUCUAGAUUUGAAAAUAAUGGACUUUCAAGGAAUUCACGACAGAAUACUAGAGUGGGUGGCUUUGUAAGUAUGGAUGUAGGAACCUCAUCUGGAACACCACAGGACCCCCAGAGCUCGGUUUUCGAAACAUUUGGCGAAGCGGCAUCUAGAGGUUCUGGAUUCCAAACAAGAGUAGCAACUACUAACAAUGUCGGAGUAAGGUCACCCUCAGCUGGUUCUCUGAUCAGAAAUGGUGCUGUUUCAAGACGUGUCGAUCCAAAUGGUAAUACAAUUAUUGAAACUUCAAGGGGAAAUGUUGUCUUAUCAUCGGAACCUCAAAGUAACAGGAAUGGAACUUUGAAUUUUAUGGUCCAAGGAACGACACUUCCUCCAGUAAUUGUAGCAAAUGAAACUCAGCCUUGCAAGACCAGUGAUGACUGUCGGACUGGGAACCAGUGUACAUACAACAGAAAUUUCCUCUGUCCUGAUUGGGCAGAUUCAAUCACGUGCCAGUGUCAACCAGGAUGCGAUGCAUUCAAUCAGUUUAUACCUCUGGGCUCCAAGAUAACAAUUGACAAUUGUGGAAAUGAAUGUGUUUGUAUCAGAAAUAAUGGAAUUAUAAGUCCUCGUGCUGAGAUUAUAACAUCACCAAAACCAGAGGUGAUCCAUCUUCCUGGAGGAAGACAAGUUAUCAGGGGAAGCCCAGUACCAGUUCUCAUGAACACAAGUUCAUCUCAACAGUACCCAUCUCCCAGAAAAUCUCAGCUCUAUCGGGAGCAAUUCACAGACAACACAAUCCCUAGAGUGGAUCUUCAUAGUCCAGAUGAUCUUCUCCGGGAUUCACAACACUACAAUAGUUCAUACCACCAUAGCAAGAAAGACAACUCUGGUGAAGAGAGUGGAGAGUCACCUGCAGAUGAUGAAAGCACACAAAACAAUCCAAGCUCUAAUAGUGACAUUCUGAUUGAAUCCACCGCUGAGGACUCAAGACUGUCUAGUUCUGUCUUUGCUAAUCAGUCAGGCAAAGGUAUAGAGAGAGACAAGUUAGUCAAUCCAAGGGAACACAGUCAACUUCACCAGAUAGAACAAGAGGUUGUUGAUUGUCAGAGUACUGCUAAUCGAAGUAAAAAACUCUUCAUUUCUCCAAACAGAAGAAAAACCAGGAAUAAUAAUGAUAAUAGUUCAGAAGUUCAAGGUAAAUCAGAGCAAAGUAAUCAAAAGAGGCUUGUAUCAGUUGAGAGACAAAAUGUAAUAAGUACAGACAUUUCGUGUCUACAGAGCAAUGAAGUUUUGACAAGAAAAAGUCCUUCUCCAAAAAAGAGAAGGAUACAGGACAAAAAUUCUGAGACAAAUAAAGGCCAAAGUUCAGCAAAGAAACAGUCAAUCAUGAAUCCAGCUAAGAAAAAGAAACAUGAUGCGGAACAAAUAUCAGAGACACUAGAACAGUCUGCGAUUCAGUUAACAGUGGAAACUCCUGUGGUACAAUCCAAAGGGAAGCCGGUAAAGCCAAGAGUUAUCAUAACAGAAGUCACUAAAGCUGACAAAAAGAAGAAAAAGAAAAUCAGAGACAAAAGCACAGAACUGGUCAUGCAAAUGUGGACAGGCAGAGAUGGAGUUCGUCUUAAGAAAGAUGUGGUGGACCUUGAUGUCAUCAUGCACUGUGUUACAGAAACAUUAAACAAAUGCAAAGAACAAUUUACAGAGAAACCACAGCAAAGGGCUCUGAGCAAAUUCAGUUCUCAAAUAAAUGCUGACCUUGCAUCACAGAUUGAGAGUAAACAAAGCAUGAAAAAAAUUAAUUCAAAUGUGAAAAAGAGCAGAAAGAAUAUGCAAGCAUUAAGGAAAGAGCUUCAGGAUCUUCAAAUCAAAAAAGACAAUAUACUGGAGAAAAUCGAGAGAGCUGAGAAUGAGUCCAGUGUUUAUGACAUCAGUAGUUGGAUGUUCGGAUUUCAGAAAUUCAUAAAAAAUAACAAAACCCAGAUGACAAAGCUGACUGCCAUUAAGGAAGAGGACUUGGUCAAAAUUGUUUAGGAGGAUACAAUUUUUAUUCCAUCUGGAUUGAAGGGAAAAAAAGGCAUUGAACAUACAGCGGUGAAAGUGAAGUUACUGAACACGUUACACAAAUCUGAAGUUAUCAUUAUGUUAAAAACAAGACAAUGUAAUGACUUUGUAUUACAUGGAAUAUCAUUAAAAUGACAUAAGCUGAAAUUACAUGUUAAGAUUGACUUUUUAAA